AUGUCUGUCAUGGAAGAAGAAGAAGGUCGAGUAUUGCAGUCGCACACUACUGGUAAGUUUCUCAUCAAGAGCAGUAGAGCUAGCUUUUCAAUUGCUUUUGGAGGUAUCAGAGCACCAUUAUCAGUAGUUUAUUCAUGGUUCUUGAGGAAAAAAGUGACAACAUGGAGGAGAGAGAGGAGGAGUGAGAAGAGAAAAGAAGCUCCUGCAAAUGAAUUGGAUUUUUCAAAAUUCCAAGAAGAAGCAAUAAGAGUACAAAAUCCUUCACAGAAUGCGGAAAACUGCGGCGCCACCGGCGGGUGGCUGAGAAGACACGGCAGGCGGUGGCUGGAAAUAUCGGCCUACUCCGUGUUCGUCCUCGUCGGCCAAACAAUGGCCACCAUCCUCGGCAGAGUCUACUACGAAAGAGGCGGCAACAGCAAAUGGAUGGGCACGCUCGUACAAGUCUCCGGCUUUCCCAUCCUCAUUCCCUUCCUUCUCAUUAAAACCUCCCCUGCGGCGGCAGAUGACGCCGCUAGCCGCCCAAAUCCGCCGUCCUGUUUAUUACGCGCCGCCACCUAUCUCCUCUUCGGGACGUUAGUCACCGGAGCGAGCUUGUUAUACUCGAUCGGGAUGGAAUACCUCACUGUAUCGACAUUCACUCUAAUCAGCGCAAGCCAGCUAGGGUUCAACGCCUUAUUCGCCUUCUUCAUGAACGUCCAAAAGAUAACUCCUCUAAUCAUCAAUUCCAUUUUCCUCCUCACAAUUUCCUCCGUUCUGCUCUUCUUCCAGCCGCCAGAUAGCCGUCAGAGCCAGGAAAACCAGUCAACAGCCCGCAAAAAACACUUCAUUAUCGGCUGCAUUUGCACUCUAAUCGGGUCAGCCCUAUUCGGGUUAACUCUGGCCGUAGGGCAAUUCAUUAUCAACAAAUAUCUCAACAAACCCACUCUCAGAGAUUUGCUGAAUUUCAUAAUCACCCAAUCGUUGAUCGCCACGUGCGCGGUGGUGAUCGGGCUGUUUGCCAGCGGGGAAUGGAGAACGUUGGGGACGGAGAUGAGGGGUUUCCAGCUCGGGGAAGUGUGGUAUGUUAUGACUUUGGUUUGUGCGGCUCUUAGCUGGGAGAUGUUCACUGUGGGCGUUCUUGGGUUGUUGCUUAAGGUUUCGGGGCUGUUCGCUAACGUUCUUAUUAUGUUGUCGGUGCCGGUGGUUCCGGCGGCUGGGGUGCUGGUUCUCCACGACCAGAUGAAUGGGGUGAAGGUGAUUUCCAUGGUGUUGGCUGUGUGGGGAUUUCUGUCUUUUGCGUAUGAUGAGUAUGUUGAGGAGAAGAAGGAGAAAGAUGAGAAUGAAAAUGGAGAUGGCAACGCACCAUCUGAAGUUCCUCUUGUUGAAAGGGGGAAUCAAGCCUAGCUAAAU